CAGAAGGGUCAGCACUCAGCAGUGAUGCAAGCGGAUACUGGCAAAAAAGUGGGGGGAGGAAAAACCCAGAUGGCAUUUCUGCAUUGUCUCUUGGCAUUCCUCCCGAAUACAUCUCAAGUUUCCAUUUUGGAUUGUUUCACCAUAAGGAUUUCAAGCCUUGUACUAGGAGGACCAACUUCACGGAACAAAUUGUGGCAGCUGCCAGAAUGGACUCUGUGCUGCACAAGAUGUUCGACAGGAGACAUUUACGUGGCUUCUCAAUCUUCUUGUUAGCUGCUCAUCUCGUCCUCACAAAUGCUUGUAAAAACACAAGAAGCGAUUGCUCUGUCAUCUCCGUAUCUGUGCAGGAAGGGAGCUCACUGGACGUGCCGCUUAAUACUUCUGAUACUAUCCUUGACGUCUGUGUCUGGAAUAGCUCGACUUCCAGGUGGGAAAAUGCCUGCCACUUUUCUGGUCAAGUCUGCAAACCACUCCUGCCUUACUUCAAGGAGCACAUCUCACUUGCAAAGGAAAACUUUGUGCUGCAGAGCGCGAGCAGAGAUUCUGGGAGGAUCUACGAGCUCCUGGACACUUCUGGGAAAUGUGUGGCCUCAAUAAAUGUCUCUGUGUCAGAUCCAGGAGUUACGACAUACCCACCAACAUCUUUACCUCCAGGAACCAAAAGUCCAAGUAAUGUGAUUGAGCACAACUAUCUUAGCACUACUAUAUUAGUUGCAGUGUUGAUUUCUUUUCUAAUUUUAAUGGUAAUAAGUUAUUUCAUCUAUAAAAGACGCAAUAGCCAAAGACGGCAAGAAGGACCAUCCGGAGGUCUGGAGUUACAAAAUACAAGGCAAAACCCCACUGGAGCGCCUUCUUAACAGGGAGAGACCCGCGAGAAGUGACGGAUGGACAGCAGGCGACUGUGCCCCCAUGCCCACUUCCUUGCCCAGAGUCCUUCUCAGUCCAGCUAAUGCCCACAAUCCUGCCUGCCUGGAUGAGGGCCGAGUGAGGCUUUGCUAAAUGCCCCUGAGCACCCCCAAAAGGAACGGGAUGCCCAGACUAGGAGCAUUGUCAGGCCAGACGGGGACACCUCCCCCCGCCCCACUGCUGCAGCUUUUGGACUCCCUGUAAGCCUUUGUCUCCUUGUAAGUAAACCCUGGAGCUGGCAUAAACAGCUCCUUGGGAUCAGAAAAACCUUUCGCCUCUGGCCAGGGCGAAUACACCCAGUUUCACUCAUCUUUGCUGUGGUAAUUGCUGAGUUAGAUUGCUGCAAUGCAGUGUAAUGGGGCUGCCCUUGAAGACUGCUCAGAAGCUGCAGCUCGUGCAAACAAUGGCAGCCAGACUAACAACAGGAACAACGAGUCUGAACUUACAGGACUAAUUCUGGUCUGCUUGCUUUGUUUGCCUGUAUGCUUCUAGGCUCCAUUCGAGUGGCUGGAUUGGGACAGCAAUGCUUGAUGCAGCCCCCCUCCCAACCACAAUCUCUCUGGACAAUGUAAUGACAGCUGAGGCCUCUGGGUGCCAACUCCAAGGGAGGCUUCAGGAGUGGCAGCCAAGGGGAGGGUCGUUUCAGUACUGGCGGUCCCCAAGUUACAGAUGUCCAAGUUAUGAACAACCAGUUCUUACGAACGGACUGCCAUAAUGCCUAUUACAGUGAUACCUUGGCUGACGAACUAAAUCCAUUCCACGACUCUGGUCGCAA